UAGUGUAGGCCUCUCUCUCUUUCAUGCCUCUCCUUUAACAUGCAUCGCGUCAUUGUCUCUUCGAAUGCAUUUGGACUAAAUUUAUCCUCUUUUUUCUCCAAUUCCCAAUCAGCCUUUUCUAAUCCUGCACCAUUUUGAUCCAUACUGAUAUUGCCUGCCAAUUAAGCUUUGCUUCCAUCUUUUCAUUUUGGGGAAUGCACACAUGAUUUCUGCCGAGUUAGAGAAAGAUUGGUAGCUACUUAUGAUCAGUGGCAAUUGGAACUUCGGAUGAAUUAGCCCAAGGCCUUGUAUCAUGUGGAAGUGAGUGGUCAGUCUAGUGGUCAUUGGCAUGGCUGCAGCUUUGCUCACUAAGCUCCACUCGACAGCUUCUCUCUUAUUCAUCUCACUUCUCGUGUUUGCGGUACUUGGACACAAGUCACAGAACCUGUUAAGCUGCGAGACCACAUCUCCUGAUGCUUCUGGCUACCACUGCACUUCUGCUGGAACCAAUGGAUCAUCACUAGAGAAUCAGUGCAGGACGUUUGCGAUUCUCCGGACUAACUCAUACUACUCAUCGCUUUUCAAUCUGAGUGCUUACUUAGGCAUCAACCGGUUCGUGAUUGCAGAAGCAAACGGAUUUUCAGCAGACACAGAGUUUCUUCCAAAAGAUGAGCCUUUGUUGAUACCAAUCGACUGUAAAUGCAGCAGCAAUGGUGGGUUGUUUCAUGCUGAAUUGACAAAAACUACCAUUAAGGGGGAGAGCUUUUAUGGCAUUGCUAAAGCACUUGAAGGCUUGACAACCUGCAAAGCCAUCCGAGAGAAGAACCGGGGCGUCUCGCCUUGGGCUCUUGCUGAUAAGCUUCAGUUACUCAUCCCCUUGAGAUGUGCUUGUCCUUCUUCAUCUUCCCAAUCAAGACUCUUGCUGUCUUAUCCGGUGAGUGAAGGCUCUUGGGUGACACUUGGUCCCCUAGCAAAACCCCGUGAACCCAAUUUGCGUUUUCCAGCAACUAGCAUCCCAGCAAUUAGUCCACACAAGAAAAAACCAAAAAUGCACAAGAUUGGAUUGUAUGUUGCACUUAGUGGGGUCAUUAUUGGAUCUAGCAUUGCAAUUGCAGCAGCUUUCUUGUUAAUUCAGUUGAAGAAAAAGAAACAGGGUUCGCCAAAAGGAGGUGAUGUGGAACUGCAACAGCUUAGCCUAAGUGUGAGAACCACAAGCGACAAGAAAGUCUCAUUUGAGGGAUCUCAGGAAACAUUAGAUGGUCAGAUCAUCGAUACCACCACACCCCGUAAGGUGCUGGUGGAGACAUAUAGCAUUGAGGAGCUGAGAAGAGCAACCACCUUUGCCUCUUUGGGUCGCAGGCCCGUCUCUCUGAAAUUUAACACCUCUGUCAACCAUAGCCCUCCGCUGAAGUCAGAUAAUGCAGAUGAGCUAAGGGAAUGGAUGGACAGCGGGUUGGGUGAAAAUUACUCGUUCGAUGCAGCUGUCAUGUUGUCGAAUCUUGCGAGGGCUUGUGUAGAUGAAGACCCUUGUUUGAGACCAAGUGCAGGAGAAAUUGUUGAGAAACUGUCAAGGUUGGUGGAAGAGUCGCUAAGCCAAGAAGGAGAGAAUAUUUUAAUCAGUGAGAGCUCUUGUAAACCUCUAGUGAAGGCAGCAGUAAAAACCAAUAGCAAUAUGUGAUGUGAAUAAAGGGUUUCAAGGAUCCAAACAAAAGACAUGUUUGUAGCUAUAUGUUACAAAUGUUUUAAUUUGUCUUAGGUUUCUUGUCUUGGCGUUUUGGUAAGUAAGGUAUACAUAAUAGUCUCCUUCUUCCUGUAUAUAUAUGUAAGCAAGAAUCUGAUAGGGACACAAAGAGCAGGUUUUCUCCUAUGUAUCAUUAA